AUGGAUGAGAAGAAGCACGGCCCGAGCUUCAGCAUGGACACAUUGAAGGACCCAGAGAAGCUGAAGGCCUACAUGAUGAAGUACUCCCAAAGCGAGGCCUUCAAGAUUUGGGCCGGCUUUGCCGUCAUCGCGUUUAUUGUCUUCAUGUUGGUGUCCAGCGGUGACUUCUCAUUCCUCUUGACCCUCUCGUCCCUGCUUAGCACAUUCAGCUUUUUGAUGGUGGCCUUGAAGAUGGAAAUCGGACGAUCCUGCAAAGGAGUCUCCCUGAAAAUGAUGGAGUGCUACUUGGUGAUUUUCUUCUUUCGGCUUUGUGCAAUCAUCCCCUUCGAAGGCUACCUGCCAUUUGACAAGUCUGGUGACUGGUUCUACCAGACAUGCGAAGCCCUGGGCUUCUGCCUCGCUGGAACCAUGGUGUACUUCUGCCGCGUGAAGUAUGCGGCCAGCUACAACCCCGAGACGGACACCUUCCAGCACCUGUACCUGGGUGUUGGGGCCUUGGGUUUGUCCUUGAUCUUCCAUCCGAACUUGAACGGCUUCCUCCCCUCGGACAUCGGCUGGGCCUUUGCGCUGUACCUGGAGUCAGUGGCCGUCUUGUGCCAGCUUUUUAUGUUCAUGAAGGAGGGCCGCGCCCAGGAGCACACUUCCCACUUCCUUGCGGCACAGGCCUUGGCGAAGGUGAUGUCCUUCAUCUUUUGGGCUUCCUCCUUCAGCGAGCUGUCAGACCCAAACCAUCACAUCAAGGCCUUCGUUGGCAAUUGGGUCGUGUGCGCGCAGCUCGUCCAGCUGCUGAUCAUGGGUGACUUCAUUUAUCACUACAUGCGAUGCAUUCAGCAAGGCAUCCCCGUCUCACAGCUCCUGUCGUCGGAUGCUGUGUGA